CUCUUCUUUACACUUUUGAACCACUUUGAACUUUUGCCUCCAAGCAAGCUCGGUACUUCAAUCCACUUUCUUUUACUCCAACCACAAACACAAACACCAAACACAAAUUCCAAGAUGGCCCCCACCAAGAAGACCACUACUGCCCCCAAGAAGGCUGCUUCUCAUCCUCCUUUCUUGACUAUGAUCCAGGAAGCCAUUUCUAGCCACCCCACCGACUCCAAGAAGGGUGUUUCCCGAGUGUCCAUCAAGAAGUACCUUGAGGACAAGUACAAGCUCGACAUGAGUGCUGCUGGUAACACCUCCAACUUGAAUGGUGCCAUCAAGCGUGCUGUUGAGAAGAAUGAGUUGGCCCUCCCUGGCGGUCCUUCCGGUCGUGUGAAGCUCGUUGCUGCCGCCAAGCCCAAGGCUGCUGAGAAGAAGCCCGCCGCUAAGAAGCCUGCUGCCGCUAAGCCCGCAGAGAAGAAAACUACCACCAAGGCCGCUCCCAAGAAGGCUGCUUCUGCCACCACCAAGAAGGCUACCACUGCUAAGCCUACGGCUGCCAAGGCCAAGGCUGCUGCCCCUGCGAAGAAGACUGCGGCUAGCAGCACUGCUGCCAAGAAGACUGCCGAAAAGAAGGCAGCUGCCCCUAAGAAGACCAAGGCUCCUGCUGCCAAGAAGGCUGCCGCUCCCAAAAAGGCUGCCUCUAAGAAGGCUUAAGGCUUGUUUUGAAUUUGUUUAAUCACUAGUUCUAAUCCGAUUCUAUGGGCAUUUGUCGGGUUCUUGGUGUAUAACCGGUCUAUUUUUCUCGUAAAUUUUCGGCCCAACCUCUAUUUAUCUACGUACUUCGCUUUCGAUCAUCUCUUUUUAGAACACGCACAUCGAGCUGGACAUUGUGUGUAUGCAUAUUCCAGUGAUCGC